AUGCAUGUCUUGUUAACAAACGAUGAUGGUCCAUUGAAUGAUAUAUCAUGUCCUUAUAUCAAAUACCUUGUGGACGAAAUAAACGAAACUACAGACUGGGAUUUGUCAAUAGUAGUCCCAAAUCAACAAAGAUCGUGGAUCGGUAAAGCCCAUUUUGCCGGUAAAACAUUGUAUACCACCUAUAUUUAUACAAAGAAUUCUACAAAGGUUAAAAACGAUAGUAUUAAUGCUUUCGAAGGACCAUUUUACUCUGUGAAUGAAAAAUUACAAAAGGAUCCUGAAUAUCAAGAAUGGUGUCUAGUUGAUAGUACUCCGGCUGCUUGUGCUGAUUUAGGAAUUCAUCAUUUAUAUGGUGAAAGAAAAGAGAAGCCUAUUGAUUUAGUCUUAAGUGGACCUAACCUUGGUAAGAAUUCGAGUAACUUGUACAUAUUGGCUAGUGGUACUGUUGGAGCAGCGAUGGAAGCGGUAACACAUGGUAUCAAGUCCAUUGCCUUAUCUUAUGCGUUUAUCAAUUCAGACCAUGAUUAUGAUAUUUUGAAAGAAGCAGCAAAGAUAUCUGUAAAGUUAAUUAAAAAGUUGUAUAACCAAUUGCAAGAACAGAAAGACGUUGAUUUAUAUUCAAUUAAUGUUCCUUUAAUUGAAUCAUUGAAGUUAGGAAGAACAAGCAUACAUUACACGCCAAUCCUCGAAAAUUAUUGGGCCUCGAUUUACUCUAAGGCUUCAGAAGUGAAUGAAUUGGGACAGGAACAAUUCCAUUGGAAUCCAGAUUUCAAGAAAGUGUAUAAAGAUGGUUUAACUGACUAUAGGCACACUGAUAGUCGUGUAUUAUUAGACGAAGGCAUUAGUGUCACUCCUUUGAAAGCAUCUUUCCAUAUAGCUGAACCUCGCUCAGGUGAAAUAAUAUUGGACGAUGAAGAUGAGGAAUCUAGUGGUCUAGUGAACAAAUUAUCGCUAAAUGAAUCUUUAGUAUUCCUAAUAACCGUUGGAAGUGACUCCUAUAUUUACGCUCCAUUGGUUGAAGCAUUCAAAAAGAAAUUCUUCAAUGUUAGUAUUACUGAUGAUGUAUCGAUUUUGUCUGAGAUUAGAUCCAAACCAAAUUUGAAGGUCUUCCAUUACGGAGAAUACGAAGAUUUGGAUAUAGAUUUAAUAUCUGAAUGCCCAAAACAAUACUUUAUUCCAUCAUAUAUUUACCGUAAAGCAUUGAUUCGUAAGCACUAUUUGGCUAAUACGAUUCAUCAUUUCGUUGCGAAAAAUCCAUCACUGGUGUUAGCCAAUGCUGCUCCAACUAGUUAUCAAUUAGAGGUUGAUUAUGCGGAAUUCCUCGAUGAUGCGUUGGAUGAAUGCUACGAGCUAAGAGAAGAAAUAGAAACAAGUGAGAAAACGUGGAUUUUAAAACCAAGUAUGUCGGACAAGGGCCAAGGAAUUAGAAUCUUCAAGACAAUUGAUCAAUUACAAGAAAUAUUCAAUUCAUUUGAAGGAGACAGCGACGAUGAGCAGGAAGAAGAUGACGACAAACAUGGUAUCAUAAUUUCACAAUUACGUCACUUUAUCGUACAAGAAUAUAAGAAUAAACCAUUAUUAUUAUCCACAUAUUCCAAUAGAAAGUUCCACUUGAGAACAUAUGUGGUGUGCUGUGGUAAUCUCAAAGUCUACGUUUACAAGAAUAUCUUAACCCUUUUCUCAGAUGUGCUGUACGAAACACCAGAAGAGGACGAAAGUGGCGAAAUUCCAAUGGCCGGACACUUAACAAAUACGUGCUUACAGGAGGAUGCAACUCCUCUUGUUGUUCCGUUCUGGGAUCUUGAUGAUAAGGAAUUCUCUACCACAAAAAAGGAACUUGUAUUUGAUCAAGUUGCAAAAAUCACAGGCGAACUAUUCAAUGCUGCAACAAGUGUCAAUAAAAUGAAUUUCCAGCCUUUAGACAAUGCUGCUGAAGUUUUUGGUAUAGACUAUUUGGUAAAUGACGAUUAUUCCGUGACCUUGUUGGAAGUCAAUUCGUAUCCAGACUUCAAACAGACUGGUGACGAAUUGAAGAAUAUCAUUUACGAGUUGUUUGAUAAUCUUGUUACAGAUGUAGUCGGUCCUUUGGUUACUGGUGAUGCAUCUGUCUCGCUUACGACUUCAUUGGUUCCUGUAUUAGAACAAGUAAGUAGAUAUUAG